AUGAAGAUUCUACCUAUCCUAUUGAAUAUCACUAUGAUUGGAAAAUAUCGUCAUCGUAUCCACGGUAAAGGGAGGGUUCGUAUUCCAAAGGGAAUGAGUAGCGAGAGUAAUCCUACGAAAAGACGUCAUCGCAAUGCUGCUGAAGCAGCUCGGAAUGCCUCAUUAUCCACGGAGCCAAUGGUUGCCGUUGACGAUCGACCUCAUGAUCAGGCUGCUGAUAUUCUCCUCGAUGAUCUUGGAUCCAUGAAAAUCGGUCGUGAACAAGAAUCAUGUAGCAAAAGUAUGAUCUCUGAAGGAGGCGUUUCGAGAAUCUCUCAAUUCACAUCCUGUACCAAUCCCAAUUUCGAUGUCGUUCAUCGUAUUUGGAAGUCUGGAUCCUCCAUGCAAAAGGAGGUUGUCUCGGUUUUGGCUGCAGUUGCAGAAUUAAUCAAAGAGCGCAAUGGAACGGAAACGGACGUAGAGUAUUUCGCUGCUCUUAUGACAACACUCGAAGGUGCUAGUAUUAACGAGCCAAACAGAACUGCAGCUGUUGCCUUCCUGCUACAGUUGAUCGUAAAAAAGGUUCCAAAGGAAGUGCUACAAGCUCAGUUUAUGAGAACAGUACAGAUAUUGUACACGAAAAUGUUAGAAAACUCGGAGCAAAACGAAAACUCUCCACUCAAGUAUUUGUUGUCUAUUCUGGGUGUUGUUCUGCGCGCACAGCCUGCGCGAGUUUGGAAUAACGCGAAUACAAGGAAUAUGGUGGUAUCUGUAGCAGCUCUUUGCGCACACGACAAACCGUGGGUUCGAACAAUGGCUCGUCGAGUUGUUCGUGCAGUGUUGACUGAUCCUGUAACAUCGACGGAUAACGGUCUUCAUGCAGCUGCUUCUGGUGUUGGGAUGUUUGUUCAGCAACAGCUACAGACAGCUCUUAGUUCAAAAAAAGAUGACGUGACCACUGUGCGUUAUUUAUGUCUCCUGGAAGGAGUUAUGCAUAAAAUGCCCUCUACGCUUUUCAAGCAGCUUGCUGAAACAAUCCUGAAGUCGUUCACCGUUGCCGAUCCUAUGGUGAAAUGCAGUGCUCUACAAUGUUUGUAUCGUUGUUUGCAACGUCAGCCUUGCGAUGCUGCUCUUUCUGUGGAAACAAAUGCGUUACUAGUAAAAGCCCUCACUCAGCUUUCUCCUCCAUGCGAAGAUGUUACUGUAUGUGCGUAUUGGAUGCAAGCGCUAGCAGAAGCUCACGUGUGUCUCACCGCUAAAGACCCUUAUAGAUGUUAUUCUUUGCUCCCCUCAACCUUUGAUAUCCUAGUCAAAUUCUUCGAUAAUGGUGAUGAGCAAUUAGCUCAAGUGACAUAUCAGAUUCUUGCACGGAUCAUCGAGAGAUGUGUGCAGGAUAAUGAGGUUUGCGCGAAGAAGCUACUCUUGCUGCUUGACAGCGCACUAAAUGUGCAAUCAACGACGGUUUGGAAAUAUGUUUUGAGGUCCCAAAUGCGGCUUUUCGAAGCUGCUGGUGCGGGAAUUAUUGGAGAUGAAUUUAACCAAGCAUUGAAAACACUGGCACUUCUAAGGGAGAGUGAUGAUUGUUUCUGCAAGCAAGAAGUCGAUUUUACAGUUGGAUGUGCUGUCCGCCAUGUGGGUGCACCAGCCGUGCUGUCAGUCAUACCAUUGGGGAUAGAUCCAACUGCAGCCGUCCUCAACACGGAGUUCACUCGUUCAUGGCUGAUUCCUGUACUUCGAGUGAAUCUGCACAAUGCACCUUUAGCUUUCUUCUUCUCUAAUAUUCUCCCCGUCGCAGUCAAGAUUUAUAGGAGACUCGAAUCCUUGGAUCCUGUGCCACAGCGGCUGUACUCUACUCUACAAAUGCAACUAUGGGAAUUAUUGCCUUCAUUUUGUGAUUCGCCUUCAGACCUUGAAAAGUCCUUUCCACAACUUGCUCCGGUUCUUGGUGCAGCGAUGAAUGAACGCGAUGAUCUGAAGCUUCCAAUACUUUCCGCUUUGCGUCGUUUAGUGAAGUUCUCCCUACAACCAGAUGCUCCAGAGCGUGCUGAGGUUGUCGGUGCUUACGCAAAAAAUUUCAUGCCACUGUUGUUCAAUCUAUAUACCACAAACACAGAAGCAGAAGUGGACGACAAAGGCAUAAAGAUGGCUGUGCUUGAAACAAUUCGUUCAUAUGCAGAGGUAGCUCCAAAGGAGUUGAUUGCGCAGUUUGUUGAUGCUGCCAUGACGAAAGCUAAGGAUGCAUCUGAUAAUCCCGUUAAACAGGCGCGCAUAUUGGACAUAUUGUGCGCUCUCGCAAGAAUGGGAGACUGCUCUACGUUAGAGAAAAUUAUGGGAACAAUCAAUUCAUGGUUUGCUAUGACUAGCACCCCAGGUCUGCAGAAAAAAGCUUUUCGUAUUUUGGAGGAAAUUUUGUUGAGAAGAGGCUUACCUGAACUGGACAAUUUCUUUAUGUCAUGGUCUUCGGAGAUAGAAAACGCCUUGUCACGUCCUAUCGAAACUGUUGCCCUACCCGCGCGUGCAGCUUUUUGUGCCUGUAUCACUUCAACUGUUGAUUCUUUCGCCGACCUGAGAAGACUUUCCGAAUUCUGUCUUCGAUCACUUGAUGCUGUGGUUUUGUCGCUAGACAAAGCGAAUAGCACGCACACACGUUCCAACGCUAGCAAAUGUUUGCAGCACAUGUUGAACAGAUUGGUUGAAGUGGGAGGCGAAAAUGAGGAACAUCCUUCAGUGGUACUUAAUGACUUAUUAUCUCGCAUUUAUGAACUAGCUACUCCUACUGCUGGUGCCGAUAAUGGUAGCAUCGAGAUGAACGUUGCAAGAUCAACUUUUGUUGCUUUGAAUAUCGUAGCUCAAAAACAGCUGAAGGUACUGAACGGAUGUCACAUAGCUCGUUUUAUUGCACACGCAUGUUCAUGGAUUGGAGAUGGACGACCACCUGUGCGAAUUUUGGUGAUCAGGUUACUACGUGUGCUAGCGCAGAAACUACCUGAAUUUGUUUUGCAACAAUACCGCGAUCUUUUGCUUACUUCUGUGUUCGAAGGACAACUCACUUGUGACGUGACGUCCAAGGUGCGUAAAGCAAAUCGACUACUUUUGGAAGUGUUAGUAUCACGAUUCGGUGUCGAUGUUCUGUUGAAGUAUACGAAUAAGCCAGAUUGGGUUAAGCAAAUGAAGAACAUCGAAAAGAUCAAUAGAAGGAAGGAACGCCAAACCAGCAAUGAUGCAGUAAUGAAGGACAGCGAUGAUGAAGGUGCAAGCGAAGUAGCGUCACGUAUGACGUCUCGCACAGCUGGCGCUGAUACCAUCUUGAAACUAUUGGAAGACAGUGACACGUCCGAAAAUGAGGCUGAAGGCCAAUUGGCAGAAAUUCGGAGUCGUACGGGCAGCGUUUGGUUAAAGGAGGAUACUGAUAUGGGCGACGUUACUGAUCUAUUGGACCGAAACAGCAUGAUAUUGAAGGUCACCACUUCGGACCCAGAUCAAAUGGCGAAGAAGAAAGCAAAAAUUUUGGAGAAGAAGAAAAGCAAAGAGUCUGGAUUCCAAAUCACAAAGGAUGGGAAAUUAAUAAUUGUUGAUAGUGAUGGUGAAAAUGAACAAAAACGCAAAUCCAGAAAAAGAAGAAACGGUCUAGAUGACUUGGAGGAUGAAUAUCCGCAAGAGGACAAAAAGAAAAUGAAGAAAGCAGUUGGUGUCGAGAGCGAUUCAGACGAUGACGACAGCGAAAAUCUGAAUCCAAAAAAUACUGCAAAGUCUUCGGUAAGCCGAACAACUAGUUGGUGCCCUGGUGGCAAAGGCAUUCAUCGCGAUACCAACUUGAAGGAUCGAUCUAGAAAAAAUGACGGAGAUAGCAAAAAGAAGGGGCAAAAACUGCAGCCAUACGCCUAUGUACCAUUGAGACAAAAAGGAAAACAUGAUCUAGUAAAGGUGUUGAAAUCUCAGGGAAAAGCCGGGCGAACCAAGAAAGUUGUAAAACAUUGA